AUGUUCAGGCGCAGCUACGUCUUCCAGACCCGCAAGGAGCAGUACGAGCGCGCCGAGGAGGCGCCGCGCGCCGCAGAGCCGGACCGCCUGGCGGAGAGCCGGGCGGCCGCGCCGAACCUGGCGGCGCUGCAGGGGCUCGGCGAGCGCGUGGCCGCUCACGUCCAGCGGGCCCGGGCGCUCGAGCAGCGCCAUGCCGUCCUCCGGAGGCAGCUGGACGCCUUCCAGCGCCUGGACGAGCUGGCCGGCCCCGAGGAUGCCCUGGCCCGCCACGUCGAGGGCAAUCGCCAGCGCGCCCGGGACCUGGCCGCCGAGCGCACCCGGCUGGAGCGCCAGGGCGCAGAGGCGCAGCGCGCGCUCGACGAGUUCCGGAGCAAGUAUGAAAAUGAGUGUGAGUGUCAACUGCUGCUGAAGGAGAUGCUGGAACGACUCAACAAGGAGGCAGACGAAGCCCUGCUACGUAACCUGCGUCUUCAGAUUGAAGCCCAGUUUCUGCAGGAUGACAUCAGUGCGGCCAAGGACAGGUACAAAAAGAAUCUUCUGGAGAUUCAGACCUAUGUCACCAUCCUGCAGCAGAUCAUCCAGACCACCCCGCAGGCCGCCGCCAUAACGAGUGGGAUGCGGGAGGAGAAGCUCCUGACAGAACGGGAAGCCGCCGCCCUGCAGUGCCAGCUGGAGGACGGCCGGGAGAUGCUCUGCCUCCUACAGGCCCAGAGGACCGAGCUGCAGGCCCAGACCGCGGCCCUGGAACAAGCCAUCAGAGACGCGCACGAGUGUUAUGAUGACGAGAUUCAGCUCUACAACGAGCAGAUCGACACCCUGCGGAAGGAGAUUGAAGAGGCGGAGAGGAGCCUGGAGAGGUCAUCCUAUGACUGCCGGCAGCUGGUGGUCGCCCAGCAGACCCUGAGGAAUGAGUUGGACCGGUAUCAUCGCAUCAUCGAGAAUGAAGGCAACAGGCUGAGCUCUGCCUUCAUUGAGACUCCAAUCACCCUGUACACUGCGAGCCAUGGGGCCUCCCUCAGCCCUCGGCAUGGUGGGAAAGAUCUCACCAGGGCUGUGCAGGAUAUAACUGCAGCAAAACCAAGACUCAAAGGCCUCCCCAAGAACCUUCCAAGGAAAAAGGAGAUGGUCGCGAAAGACAGAGCAGAUGAAAUUCUGGAAGAGACACCACUGAGAGGUCCAGAGGACAUGAAGCUGGGGCGGGAGGUACUCAAAGAAGAGGGCGAGUCUAAGCUUGAACCGGGGGAUGAAGAAGCAAGUCCCCCAACCCAGGACGGGGCUCCGGAGGAUGUCCCAGAUGGAGGCAAGAUAAGCAAAGCCUUUGAGAAGCUAGGCAAGAUGAUCAAGGAGAAGGUGAAAGGCCCCAGAGAACCCGAGCCCCCCGCCGACCUGUACACCAAAGGGCGGUACGUGAUGGUCUCUGGAGAUGCCAGUUUCCUAGAUCCUGGCUUCUGUGUCUUCUCUGUCCCAGCCAAAGGGGGCGUGGUGGUUUCUAAGGGGGAAGACUCUGUGCGUCCUGACAGCAGCGUGGAACCCUCUCCCCAGCAGCCUGAGCCCCCUCUGGAGGAUGGACAGGGGCCUCCCCAGGGGAAAGAAGAUGAUGGACGCCCUCCCACCCCGCACCCUGCAGACAAAGGGGAUGAGAAAAACGCUAAAGAACUGAAGGGCCUCCAGGGGAAACAGGAUGGCCAGAAGGAGGAGGAGGGGGCCAGAGGGCCCUGUCCCAUGGUGGCACCUAGUCCAGAGGGGCCACCUACACCCCGGUCUCAAGGGCCUCAGGUCACUCUGGGUGGGUCCGAAGGGCAUGGGGCUCAGAGCAGCAGCCGGCCGGCGAGAAGCCCUCCCAGGAAGCUGGCCUACGAGAAGGUGGAGGUGAUGGAAUCCAUAGAGAAGUUUUCCACUGAGAGCAUCCAGACGUACGAAGAGACUGCUGUCAUUGUGGAGACCAUGAUUGAAAAGACGAAGGCAAACAAGAAGAAACUGGGAGAGAAGGGAUCCUCCAGUGCCUGA